AUGCAGGGUCAACCUGGUGACGAAUUCUUUAUCAUCUUGGAAGGUGAAGCUAAUGUCCUACAAAAACGAAGUGAUGAUGCACCAUUUGAUGUCGUUGGCCACCUUUCAUCCUCAGAUUAUUUCGGUGAGAUUGCCCUGCUUCUGGAUCGCCCUCGUGCUGCCACAGUGGUUGCCAAGACCCCGCUGAAGUGCAUCAAGCUCGAUCGUGCCCGUUUCGAGCGUGUCAUGGGUCCCGUUCGUGAGAUCCUCAAACGUGAUGUGUCUAACUACAACUCCUAUGUUAAGCUGAUGACCUAA